AUAUAAUUUAUCCUACAACUCUCUAAUUAAUGGAUUUGUGGAAUGUGCAUUUUUACUAUUAAAUUUUUCUAACAGUUCACGAAAUUUUUCUAAAAUAGUACUGACAUUAGCUUUUUUGUGCAACUUGGCCGUAGAAUAGUAAAACGCUCAAAGAAAAUUUAUUUUUUGUUUUUGUGACGUCAUUUUUUUAAUAAAUUUGUUUACUUUUGUGAAAAAAAAAGUUUCUGAUAAAAAUAAAAAACAUGGGCAAAAAAAAAUCACAUAAACAAGGGCAAAUACAACCCCAACAACAGACUCAACCUCAACAACAACGUCAACCUCUACAGCCACAACAACAACAACCACGUCAACCUCAACAGCAACAACAACAGCAACCACGUCAACCUCAACAGCAACAACAACAACAACCACGUCAACCUCAACAACAAUUGCAACCAACUCAAGCUUUUUCCCAAUCUCAAACUGAUCGUCAAACACAGCAAAGGCAAAAAACUCAGCAAUCGCACGCUGGUGACUUAUCGCAAAAGCAACAACCACAAGCAAGCACCUCAGGUGUUUCUUUACAAAAAAUUCAAAAUUUACAGGCUACACGUGGUAAUUUAAGAGGUCGUCGAGUUAUUGAUGCUGAUUAUACUUUAAAAUCCCGCCCCACUACAUUGCCAACUAAGCAGGGUACAGCAGGUAGAAGAGUGAAUUUACAAGCAAAUUAUUUCAGAAUAACUGAAACAUAUGAUAAGGGUCUAAAUCAAUACCAUGUUGACUUUGUUCCUGAAAUGGAGACAAAAUACCGUAAACAGAUUAUAUCUAGAAAUAAAGAAAAAUUCGGUGGUUACAUAUUCGAUGGUUCGUCACUAUUUACAAAAUUAUCCAUGGACGAUUUUGAAUUUACAACAAAAUCUGAAGUAACUGAUGAAGUAGUGAGAGUUUCCGUUAAAUAUGUUGCUUGUAUUCAUUUACAUGACGCAACAUGGUUGCAGUUAUUCAAUAUAAUUGUACGACGAUGUAUGGAUGGAUUAAAAUUACAGUUAAUUGGAAGAAAUUUAUUCAACGCUUUAAAUAAAAUUGAUUUGAGAGAAUUUAAUUUAGAAAUCUGGCCAGGAUAUAUUACAUCGUUUCGCCAGCACGAAAAAGAUAUAUUGUUAUGCUGUGAUAUUAUUCACAAAGUUAUGCGGCACGAGACAGUUUUAGAAAUUUUACGUCGUCUUAAAGAAAAUUCUUUAAGAGGAAGAUCUGAUUUUAUUACUCUGGCGAAAAAUGAUUUACUCGGUUCUGUAGUCCUUACACACUAUAACAAUAAAACCUAUCGAAUUGAUGACAUCGAUUUUGAAUCUAAUCCGAGGGCGUUAUUCCCUACCACACAAGGAAACAUUUCUUAUUUUGAUUAUUAUAAAAGACGGUACAAUUUAACUAUUACUGAUUUCAAUCAGCCAUUAUUGAUUUCAAGGCCGAUGGAAAGAACAUUAACACGGAACCUAGGUCAGGAGCCAACUCUGAUUAAACUAAUUCCAGAAUUGUGUAGGGCAACGGGCAUAACGGACGCUAUGAAGAGCAAUCGUAAACUAAUGACAGCGAUGGCUGCUCACACCAGAAUCAAUCCUGAGCAAAGAGUUCAACGAUUGCAGACAUUCCAAAAAAGUUUAUAUACAACAAGAGAGAGUGCAAAAAUUAUUGAUGAAUUCAAUUUGAAAAUAAAUCCUAAUUUAGUUGAAAUACCUGGAAGGGUAUUAGUUGAACCAACUUUAGUUUUCGGAAAUAACAAAGUUAUGCAAUCAUUUGAAUGGGAACAAUGUUAUAGAUCCUAUUCUCUUUUUCAAGGAUUCCAAUUGACAAAAUGGGUUGUUAUCAUACCAGGAGAAUAUUGUGCUAAUGAAACAAAAAACUUCACAAAAUGCUGUGUAGAUACUGGUCGCAAAAUGGGAUUUCAAAUAAGAGAUCCACAAUUUUUACAGCUAGCAACGGAAAAUAUAAGUUCCUAUGCAAAAAUUUUAGAACAGGCUUGUCAAGCUGACCCACAAAUAAUAAUGGCAUUUGUCACUUCAAGUCGGGCUGAUUUAUACAGUUGUAUUAAAAAGAAAUUAACAUGCGACCGUUCUGUCCCUAGCCAAGUCGUAAGAAUUCAAACUAUUAAACGACCAUCAGGUUUGAUGUCUGUUGCAACAAAAGUAUGUGUACAAAUGAAUGCUAAAUUACGUUGUGCUCCAUGGACUGUAAAAAUGCCAGAUAAUGUCAUGUGUAUUGGCUUUGAUGUAUGUCAUUCAACAAGAGAUCGUAAAAAAUCAUAUGGGGCAUUGGUUUCAUCAAUGGACGUCAAUAUUAAACCUGGAAUAUAUUUUAGCGCUGUGUCUGAGCAUGAAAAAGGCACAGAAUUAUCUAAUGAUAUUUCAUUAAAUACUGUAAAAGCAUUACGACAAUAUUUUAAUGAACAUAAAAAAUUGCCAUCAAUUAUAUUCUUUUAUCGUGAUGGUGUUGGCGAUGGUCAAUUACAUCAAGUGUACGAACAUGAAGUCACUCAUGUUAAAAAUUCAAUUGAAAAAAUUUAUAAUGAAAACAAGUCUGUUUUUAAGCUAGCGUAUAUUGUUGUUUCAAAAAGAAUUAAUACAAGAAUAUUUUCAUGCAAUGGUGGUAAAGGAAAUCCUCAGCCUGGCACCAUAGUAGAUGAUGUUAUAACACUACCACAACGUUAUGAUUUUUAUUUAAUAUCUCAGUCGGUUCGUCUGGGUACUGUAUCCCCAACUAGCUAUAAUGUAUUAUUUGAUAAUACAAGAAUAGCUCCAGACAGGAUUCAGGAUAUGACAUACAGACAAACUCACAUGUAUUAUAACUAUUUUUCAACAAUUAGGGUACCUGCGGUUUGCCAAUACGCUCACAAGCUAGCUUUUUUGGUAGGACAAUACUUACAUCAAUCUCCAAAUGCAUUACUGGAAAAGAACUUAUAUUUCUUAUAGUUAAUUAGUUCAUUACUUACAAUUUACAUUAUUAAAAUAAAAUUUUAACGUAUUGAAAAACUUUUAGUUUUAACGCUUCAUAGGGAACAAAUAACAAAAUCAUGUCAUUUUAAGUACAUCUGAAUCCAAAUUAGUUUUUUGAUAUACUUGUGCGUUUCUAUAUUGUUUGAACAAUGCUUCAUUUAAUUAACAACAUCCCAGUCUCAUGUUAAGUCUCAAAAUUUAUAUAUUUAAUAAUUUGUAUAACUAAUAUUCUAUAUAUUUCAUUUAAAAAUUUCAUUAUAAUUUGAAUUCAGUCAAAUAUUUAAUUAAAUUGUAAAUAGAUUUUGAAAUAAAUUCAUUUAUUGUCAUAUAAUAAAAUAAUUAAUAAAAAAAUUAAAUUGAAUAAUUAUAACUGAAGUACAUUGCGAAAAUAAUCUUGGAAGCCACUCAUUUUACUAUUUUUAUAUAUAUAUAUAUGCUUAGUAAAUAUGUUUAUGAAUAUAUAUAUGUAAAUUUUACGACGUGUUAUUAAAUUGUAUGUUUAUGAAUAUAUCAUGUAAAUCUUAUAUCGUUACAUCAUAUUUAUGUAAUAUAUCUAAUAUAUGUAUGUAUACAUAAAUGAAAAAGAUCGAGAAAAUUUUACUAACAAAUUCCAACACUGGUUGAGUGGUGGUGAUACAUAAUAUGUUCAUUUAUGAUUGUUAACUUCUGAAUUUGAAUUUUAUUAUAUUUUUUAUAAAUAUGUCAAUUUUUUACCGAAGCUAUAUUAUAUAUUAUUUAAAAAUAUAAGAGAAGUGAAAUAUAACAUUAAAUAGCUAUCAAGUAUUGAAAAUAUCGUUGUUGCUGUAAAUCAACUAUCAUCAUAAUUCUAUUGUUAAUUAUCAUCAUAUAGAGUCAUCAUAAUAAUUGAUAAUUAAUUUAUCAACUAUAUUGAAAAUCAAAUAAAAACAUACACCUAUAUUCUGUUAGUCGCAUCACUUGACGUGAUGGAUUGUCAAAUGAUGCGACUAACAGAAUAUGGGUGAUAAUCUUAAAAACUUAAUUUUAAUUAUCAAUCACUAUUUUUUUUAAACGUUUGAAUAUUCUAUUAUAAAUUUUUAUAAGUUUUUAAAAGAAAAAAGAUUCGAAAAGAAA